AUGAGACGACUAAUCGUGGUUGUUGGAGCGGAUGGUCGACAAGGUAGUAGUGUAAUCGAAGCACUACUUGAAUAUUCAGACAAAUGGCACAUUCGAGGAAUCACUGGAGACUUAACAUCAACGUAUAGUCAGGAACUGAUUAGACGUGGUGUACAAAUGGUCAAAUGUGACAUUAAUAAUCGAGAGGAAUGCUGCCUGGCAUUUACUGGUGCAUAUGGUGUAUUUGCGAUAACGAACUAUUGGAAUGCAACAGAUGGAGGUGAAUAUGAGCAAGCUUUUAACUUGAUUGAAGCAGCAAGAAAAGUAAACGUUCAACAUUUUAUUGCAAGUGGUAUACCAGAUAUGGCAGCUUUUGAGAAAAAUCAAUUCGAUUUACCUCUGCACUCUAUCAACAAAACUCAACUGGAAAAUUAUAUUCGACGAUUACCAUCUGAUUCUACGUUUGUUCAUGUAACCUUUAUUCACGCUGGUUUCUAUUAUCAUAAUUUUAUAACAUUCUUUGUACCUUACACGGAAAAUAUUGAAUUUCGCCAUCCCAUUCUUUCAUAUGGUCGUAUUCCUAUGUAUGAUGUACGUGAUACGGGCAAAAUUGUACGCGAAUGUUUUGAACAUCCUGAGCGUUGGGGCCAUCGGCAAACGGUACCAAUCGUGGCAGAGCAAUUAACUAUGGAAGAAAUUUGUAAGACAAUUCAAGAAAUAUCUGAAAAAUAUAUAGAUUUUAUUCCUUUAUCAUACGAUGAAGCUCUUGUUAAACUUCAUCGAGAAACUGUAAAUAAUUUGAGAUGGUAUAAUGAAUUUGGUAGUACCGAUGAACGGCAGGCGGAAAAGACGAAAGAAAUUUAUCCGAAAAUAAAAACAUUCGCUGAAUGGGUACGAGAAACUCAAUGGUUGAUGGAAUAA